AUGCUACUCCUAUCUGCGACGACGAGAUCGGGAAGAAUCUGGGGAAUCAUGCGAGGGCAGACCGUCAUGCAUCUCCACAAUGCUAUUCUCGGAUCAAGAGAUAUUCGAGAUCAUUUCCGAUAUCCAGAGGACCCCCCUGACGAGCCGCAUCUCCGAAGUACCACUGAAGAAGCGCGUCUCGCUGCACCUAACUUCUACGAUGGCCGGAACGAUCCCAAGCAAUGGAUCACGUCCUUCAUGAUAGCCAUGAGAAGACAGAAGUAUGCCUCGCCGGAAGAACAAAACGCCCACUUCUGCCAAGCCCUCGCCGAACACCUGCGCGGCAAUGCCCUAACAUGGUUCGGCAACCUCCGGGCCGACUCCAUCGACAGCUUCGACGAUCUGGCAGCCGCCUUUCCUAAAGCAACACCUCCGUUUCGCGCUAGACGACCUCGUCUUUUGCAAAACCGACGAUGA